AUGUCGAAAAAGGUGGCGGACUCGGGGUCCCGCGCUGCUGCCGCGGCCGCGUACAUUCCCACCCGCGUCCUCAUCGGCCACUGGGUGCACUCGAGCGAGCCCGAGCCCAACCAACACGCCGUCUACGGCAUCCUCAGCCGCGACGGCAAGCUGCGCUUCAAGCUCGUCCCCGAGACGCGCGACGGCCGCCCCGUCCACGGCAACUACCCGCCCUCGCGCGAGACCUGGGUCAUUCACGAGGACAUUGUCUUUGAGUCGUACCUCGCCGGCCUCAACCGCCUCGGCAUGAAGGAGUACUGCCGCGAGCGCGGCCGCCAGGUCGACGCCGGCGAGCGCCCCGGCGGGCCCGACAACGCCGCCAACAUCCUGAAGGCCGUCGACAAGGCCGAGCACCUCUGCGCCGCCGCCAAGCACGAGCGCCCCCGGAACCUGCGCUGGGAGCGCGAAAAGUGCGCCGACCGCCGCCGCGCCGAGCGCAUGGAGGGCUGGGCCUCGCGCCGCGCCAGCAAAGGCGGCGGCGGCGGCGGUGAGGCGGGGGACGCUGCUGCUGCCGCCGCUGCCAUUGCGGAUGAGGUGCUGGGUCCCACGCCCGGCGCGGGCGUGGUCAAGAAGAAGCGCAAGAAGCACGGCGAGCGUCGCACCGUGUACCAUCACGACCACGUCUCCGAGGCGGCGGUCGCGGCGGCGGCCGCCGUGGCAGCCGACGCGGACAAGCCGGGGGGCGGCUUCGCGGACAGCAGCCGCGACGACUCCAUGGACGGGAGCACCGCGUCGUCGGUCACGGACAGCUCGGCCGACGACACCAAGCCCAAGGUCCACAACGGUGUCGUCUACCAGCGCAGCCAGGCUGGGCCUUUUGCGGGCAAGCUCACGGCCAAGGGCCAGGUCGUGUCCAUCAACGGCGAGGAUUAUGUCGAGUACCGGGUCCUCGCCAAAGUAUAA